AUGCGACAUUUUAUCAUCGAAAGUUUACUUUACGAACGUAUGAAAAGCAUAGUAUUAGUUUAUCUACUAUUUAUUACUGUUGCUCAUAGUCACUCAGCUUGUGAUGAAAUAUCAUUUGUUACUCGAAUUGGAUGGGGUGCACGAGAACCAACUUCAAUAACAAAUCUAACAUCCAAACCUCUUUCAUUCUUUGUUAUUCAUCAUGCUGAGGACCCUCCAAGUUGUUAUGAUGAUGAAUCAUGUAUUGAACGAGUGAAAGAGAUUCAAAUUUUUCAUCAAAAUACGCAAGGUUGGGUAGAUAUUGGUUAUCAUUUUCUAGUUGGUGAAAAUGGUAAAGUUUAUGAAGGUCGAGGAUGGGAUCGUCAAGCUGCUCAUUCACCCGGAUGGAAUAAUGAUGCAUACGGUAUUUGUUUCAUUGGUAAUUUCAAUAUAUCAAGUCCAAAUGAAAAAGCACUAAAAGCUGCACAUUCAUGGAUUAAAUGUGGUAUUGAACGACGUUAUGUCACAAAAGAUUUUUAUGUUAUUACUCAUCGGCAAUCACAACGACCAGGCUAUACCACAUGUCCUGGUGAUACUCUAUUUAACGUCGUAAGAUCAUGGCCACAAGCUUAUAUUUCACAUACAACAAUAUUGACAGAUAAUGGCCAAUUUUUGAAUAAACAAAUCUUGAAAAUAAUUACGUCAUGGAAAUUGACAACAACCCAUAUUGUAUUGAAUAUUUUACGUUUCAUUGGUGGCAGUGUAUUUAAUCGAAAACGGUAUCGUCUAUUGUCAUAUUUCGAUCCUAGAAUCAUUUCACUGAAAGACAAACAAAAGAAUGGUAAUGAAUCUGAAUCACGAUAUUUACCUGCUAAAAUCGUUGUUUUAUCACAAGCUCUUUCAUCUGCAGCCAAUUCAUGGAAAGAUAUUGUCGAUUCAUUUAAAACAAGUAAAUCAACUCCUAUCACAAGAAUUAUUCGAUUAGGUUCUACACACUUCGAUCAAAGAUCAACUGUAUUAAAAGCUAUCGAUAUACCAGCUAAGAAAGCAUCAGAAUUUAGCAAUGCUAUUAUUAUCGAUUAUAAUUUACCAUUAAAAGGUAGUUUUUUUUGCUUGGUUUAA